AUGUUGUCCAGGAAAACGAAAGUAAGACUAUACGUGGCUAUUAUAAGACCGACUCUCACGUAUGGCUGCGAAGCUUGGACAACGACCAAACAAGUAGAAAGAAACCUGAGAACUAUUGAACACAGAGUAUGGAGAAAAAUAUGUGGACCUGUCUUUGAUGAAACAAUGGGGAAUUGGCGAAGGAGGUACAAUAGAGAGCUGUACUAUAUGUUGGAUUUAGCACCAGUAACAAGCUUCAUCAAGAGUCAAAGAAUACAAUGGUUAGGCCACAUAAUGAGAAGACGAGAGAACAAAGUAGUUAGAGGAGCAUUGGAAUGGAAGCCACAAGGUAAAAGACCAAGNUGCAGUAUAAACAACGUAAGAAUGAAGAAGAGUUACAACUGAAAGAUAAAGGCCAGGAAGUAUCGGAUGAUAUAUAUUUUGUCAAACAAUAUGUACACAACGCUUGUGGUACUAUGGCAUUAAUCCAUAGUGUUGCUAAUAACAGAGAUAAGUAAGAUAAAUGCUAAUAUAUUAUAACAAAUUGUAAAUACAUUUAUUUUUAUUGGAAGUAUAUUAAAUAAGUUACAUUGAAUAUUAGAAUACAACUGGAAGAUGGUAUAUUAAAACGGUUUUUGGAUGAGGGGCAAAAUAUGUCACCAAGUGAUCGUGGUGAAAUGUUGACAAAAGCUGAAGAUAUAAUUAAUACACACAGGGAAAUCGCUAUUGAGGGACAAACUCAGGUAAAUAAAUUAUAAUUUAUGUGUAUAUUAAUUUGUUUUUUUUAAAAACCAAGCUUAGUUUUUUUUUUUUUUUAAAUCGUAUAUAUAAUAUAAUUUAGAAUUUAUUUUUAUUGAUAUUUUGUGUUAUGUAUUUAAAUUAUGUUAUGGGCAAUAGCGUGCAAAUUAGUAAAUUAAAAUUUUGACUUUUAGAAAUCAAUCUUAUUGGGAGCUUUGUUUAACAAUAGUUUAGCUAGUAUGAAAUAUGUAUCAAAAUGACUGAGAUAUUUUAAAGAGGAAUGCACAAUUUUGGUACAAUUUCAUUUUGAAAUUCGAGUAUAUCUUUGUAGGAUUAUUGAAUAAAACAAUUUCCUGCAUACAAUAGAAUAUUAAAUUUAUACAGAAUAUUGAAAUAUAUGUUUAAAUUUAAAACACUAAUAUAGUGUAAUUAUUUAAAUUAUUUGUUGAUUUUUCUAUAACUUUAUUUCUUUUAAUUUUUUAUAUGUAAUUUAUAUAAAGUUUUCUCGUUAAUAUGUUAAUUUCAAACUAAUGAAUUGUAUUAUAUUUAUGUUCAGCCACCAGAACCUGAAGAUAAUGUACCAUACCAUUUUGUGGCAUUUGUCUGUAAAGAUGGAUGUUUGUAUGAAUUGGGUAAGAAUAAAAUUACUUAUAUAUUAAUCGAUUAAUUAAUUGUAUAUUUAAAACCUGAAUAAAAAAUUAAUUCAUUUUUAAUAGAUGGUGGAAAGUUUGAUCCAAUUAAUCAUGGAUCUACAACUCCCGAUUCAUUGCUUGAAGUAAGAUAUAACUAUAUUUUAUAUUAUUUAUUUAUAAGGCUGAGUUUAAUUUGCUAUAUGUAUUAAAUAAUUAUAUGUUUAUUUUGUUAAACAACAGGAUACAGUAUCUUUGGUUCAAGAAAAAUAUGUUGUAAAAGAUCCUGAUAGUAUUUACUUCAGUUUGCUGGCAUUGUCCAAUAUAUGUGAUGCUUACUGA